AUGUCUCAUGAACUUGGAGGAACUGCAAUCGAAGCAUUCUGGACCGGAACCUCCUUCACACUCUGCUCUGCCGUCUUUCAGCCUGUAUUCUCAUCAUUAUCGGACUUAUUCGGUCGGAAGCCGUUGGUGCUUGUCACGAUCGCAUGGUUUAUGAUCGGGGCGAUUGUUGCCGGUGUCGCUAAUAAUUUCACUCAUAUGCUUAUUGGGCGAUCUUUACAGGGACUUGGCGGGGGUGGUGUCAUUACUCUCACUGCUAUACUCAUUGCAGAUAUUGUGCCUCUCAGCGAAAGACCAAAAUACUUUGGUAUGCUUAGUGCGAUCUGGAGUUUGGGAACAGUGGUCGGGCCUGUUAUCGGAGGCUGCUUUGCAGAGAAAGCCACCUGGCGCUGGAUCUUCUAUAUCAACUUCCCGUUCAUUGGAAUCGGAGCAAUCUUGCUUGCUUUUUCGGGCGAUUCCCUGACUACGCAGGGCGCUUUUACCGUCCAAGUGCGCAAGAUUGACUUCGUAGGAAUCGCCCUAUUUAUUCCAAGCUCUGCUUCGUUCUUGAUACCGCUUACCUGGGGAGGUGUCCUGUAUUCCUGGGACUCGUGGCACACCUUGGCACCCUUGAUUAUCGGGUCUGUCGGACUUUGCGUCUUCGCGAUCUAUGAAUGGCGAAUUGCACGACUGCCAAUGAUCCCACCAGCGAUUUUCCAGAACCGAACGGCGCUCAUAUCAUUUGGAGGCUAUGCCGUGGUCGGCCUGCUCGUUUGGUGCUGUCUAUACUUCCUUCCCCUCUACUACGAAGCCGUGAAAGGAUUCAAGCCUAUCAUGUCAGGAAUUGCGCUUUUCCCCGAAACCUUCACUAUCGCCCCAAGUGGAGUUAUUGUAGGCUUUCUAAUCAGUCGAACGGGCCGGUACUAUUGGGCCGUCUGCAUUGGAUGGUGUCUUUCGGCUAUUGGAAUGGGCCUGCUUUGCCUAUUGGACACAAAUACCAGAACGAUCACUUGGAUCUUUCUAAAUAUUGUGCCUGGAGUCGGCAUCGGAAUGGUUCUUCCCUCUGUCGCACUCGCAGUGCAGGCUUCCGCAGCUACUGAGACCUUGGCGAUUGCGGUGGCUACAUCGACUUCCUUCCGAGGCUUUGGGCAGUCUAUCGGUGUGGCUAUCGGUGGUGUCAUUUUCCAAAAUCGAAUGAAGAGCAAUUCGUUGCAGUAUCCAGCCCUCCAAGCGUUGGCUGAUAAAUACAGUGGCGAUGCAGCGAGCGCGGUGGAAGUCAUUCGAGGAAUGCAUGACAGUCAAGUUAAAGGAGACCUUAAGCAGGUUUAUGCUGAUAGUCUAAAAAUGGUCUGGGCAUUUUGCUGCGGCAUUUCUGGAUUGAUGUUUUUCAUGAGUCUGUUCACUAAGUCAUACAGUUUGGACGGUGAGCUUGUUACAAGGGUAUGCCCUGAAAAAGAGAAAGUGGAUGAGUGA